AUGGCUUCAGGUCCGAUCAGUUUAUGUUCUAAAGAAGAUCAGAAAAUCUAUCAGACCUGGUUCAAUUUCGCCGAUUCAGAUGGAGAUGGCCGUUUGACUGGAAAUGACGCAACAAGGUUUUUUGAGAUGUCCAAUCUAUCGAAACCUGAACUCAAGCAGGUUUGGGCUAUUGCUGACUCCAAACGUCAAGGAUUUCUAGGAUUCAAGGAGUUCAUCACUGCAAUGCAGUUGAUCUCUCUUGCACAAGAAGGAAAUGAACUGACCUCAGAUCUACUUAAGAGCACAGCUGACAUUGAAACACCGAGUCUCCCAUCAAUGGAAGGUUUGGAUGCCUUACUGGCUAAAAGUAAAGGAGCAACAAUGAACGGCAAUUCUUACUCAAAUGGAUCUAAUCAAUCACUACCAAUGCCUCCCAUGAUGCAUAGCACAAAAUCAAAAAAGAAGAACCCUACUUGUCGUGUUCCUGUUACUUCAGUGACAGAUGGAUUAAAGAUAUUGUACAAUGAAAAACUAAAGCCAUUGGAAUCUGCUUACCGUUUCAAUGAUUUUGGAUCUCCUGUAUUGACAAAUAGUGAUUUUGAUGCCAAGCCCAUGGUCAUGCUUUUGGGUCAGUACUCAACUGGAAAAACCACAUUUAUAAAACACCUACUCAAGUGCAGCUAUCCAGGAGCUCAUAUUGGACCUGAGCCAACUACGGACCGGUUUAUUGUUGUUAUGUCUGGACCUGACGGAAGGAGCAUUCCAGGCAACACUAUUGCUGUCCAUGAAGACAUGCCAUUUACUGGUUUGACAACUUUUGGUGGUUCGUUUUUGUCCAAGUUUGAGUGUUCUCAAAUGCCACAUCAAUUGCUUGAACAUAUUACAUUGGUGGACACGCCUGGAGUUUUAUCUGGUGAAAAGCAACGGACCCAAAGAAGCUAUGAUUUCACAGGUGUCAUAUCUUGGUUUGCCGCAAAAUGUGAUAUGAUUCUCCUUCUAUUUGAUCCCCACAAACUUGACAUCAGUGAUGAAUUCAAACGUGUCAUUUCAUCUUUGCGUGGGCAUGAUGACAAGAUACGUGUUGUCCUAAACAAGGCAGAUCAAGUUGAUACUCAACAAUUGAUGAGAGUUUAUGGUGCAUUAAUGUGGUCGCUUGGAAAAGUUUUGAACACUCCAGAGGUAGCGCGCGUCUAUAUAGGAUCAUUUAAUGACAAACCGGUUAAUGAAGCAGUGCUUGGACCUAUAGGGAAGGAACUUUUCGAGAAAGAACAAGACGACCUUCUUGUAGACUUGAUGGACAUUCCAAAGAAGGCUUGUGAUCGCCGGAUCAAUGAAUUUGUUAAACGUGCAAGAGCUGCCAAGAUUCAUGCCUAUAUAAUUAGCCAUCUCAAAAAGGAAAUGCCAUCUUUUAUGGGCAAAUCCAAAACUCAGAAGCGACUUAUGGAUAAUCUUGAAGAUGUAUUUGCAAAGGUCCAGAGGGAACAUCAUCUACCAGCAGGUGACUUCCCGAGUGUGGAGAACUUCAGGGAGGUUCUGAGUCGUUAUAACAUUGAGGAGUUUGAGAAAUUGAAGCCUAAAAUGAUUCAGGCUGUUGAUGACAUGCUUGGACAUGACAUCCCGCAACUUCUAAAAAGUAUUAGAAAUCUGUACAACUAG